AUGGAGACAUGGUUCCUUAUUCCCGCUUCCUUAUGCUUAGCAAUCAUCAUCACAUCCCUCAUGUUCCACAAGGGAGAUAGCAAGAAGCUGCCCCCCGGGCCAUCAUUCUUUUCCUCCCACUUGCUCCUCUUAACCAAUUCCCUCCCGGAGCUCCAAUCCACAAUCCGCGGUCUCAAGUCGAAAUACGGACCACUUGUUACCCUUUCCAUCGUUUCUCAUCCUUCGGUCUUCAUCGGAACCCAUUCUCUAGCCCACCAAGUGCUUAUCCCGAAAGGCAACACCUCCUCGGACCGUCCGAAGUUCUUCCCUUUACACGGCAUCUCUACAGCCUCAUAUGGACCUAACUGGCGCGCAUUCCGUCACAAUCUUGCCUCCGGUUUCUUGAGUGGUUCACAUGUGAAGUCUUACUCAUGGGCUCGCAAAUGGGCCCUUCAAAGAUUGAUUGGUCAGCUCCAAGUGCAACAGGAGGGCGUAGGAACUAUCAAAGUAAUUGAUCAUAUCCACUUAGCCAUGUUUCGGUUGUCUGUUCUCAUGUGCUUUGGGGAGAAGCUAGAUGAUCAUCGUGUUAAUGACAUCGCUAGCGUAAAUGGUGGUUUGCUCUCAUUGGUCGACUCCAUGAUGUUUAAUGUAAUCUUUGUGUCUCCAUUGUUAGCAAAAAUAUUGUUUAGAAACAAAUGGAAGAAGUUAGAUAAGUUAAGAAGCGAUCAAAAUCAGCUGCUCAUCCCACUUAUCAAAACUCGAAAAGAAGCAGCUGACACUGAACGAAAUGUGGCAUACAUCGACACACUUCUAAAACUACAGCUUCCGGAGGAUGAUCGAAAGCUCACCGAAACGGAGAUGGUGAGCAUGUGUGGAGAGUUUUUGCUAGCUGCAACGGAGGCCACUUCUAAUGCGCUACAAUGGAUCUUGGCUAACCUUGUGAAGCAUCCUAUUAUUCAAUCAAAGUUGUAUGAUGAAAUCGUUGCGGUCGUGGGACCACCACCUCCACCAGGGGCACGAGGGGUCGAGCUAGAAUCGGGUAUAACCGAAGAGAACCUAAAGAAAAUCCCAUACUUGAAAGCUGUGGUGUUAGAAGGACUUAGGAGACAUCCACCUGCCCACCUUGUGCUGCCCCAUAGGGUCACUGAGCAGGUAGAACUGCAAGGUUACAUGAUUCCAAAGGGUGCAACUAUCAACUUCAUGGUGGCUGAGAUGGGUCGGGACCCAAAGGUGUGGGAAGAGCCCAUGGAGUUCAAGCCUGAGAGGUUCUUGGUGAAUGAUGGUGUGUUUGAUAUAGGUGGAAGCAAAGGGAUCAAGAUGAUGCCUUUUGGUGCUGGAAGAAGGAUAUGUCCGGGUGCUGAUUUGGCUUUGCUUCAUUUGGAAUAUUUUGUUGCUAAUUUGAUUUGGUAUUUUCAUUGGAGUGUUGCUGAUGGUUAUCAUGUUGAUCUUACUGAGAAGGUUAAGUUCACUGUGGUAAUGAAGAAUCCUCUACAAGCUAAAAUUUCUUCAAGGACCAAAAUGAUAACUACUUAA